AUGACGAAUCGGUCCACAGAUCUAUCUAUCUAUCUAUCUAUCUAUCUAUCUAUCUAUCUAUCUAUCUAUCUAUCUAUCUAUCUAUCUAUCUAUCUAUCUAGUACAGCCGGCCUACCUCUCUCUCUAUCUCUACCUCUCCCUCUCUCUCUCUCUGCAACGAACGGUGUGUGGUCUGUUAGCCGCUGCGGAUGUCGAAGGGUCCCGGAUGAUGUUGAUAGAGAAAAUGACUUACGUUUUUCUAUUUUGUACAUGUUGCCACUUGCAUAUGUACACUUCUUUCUCUCUCCUCUCUCUCUCUCUUCGUCGUAUCGUAAAGUGUUCCUUUUUCCCGCGUUCUCACAUCUAUCCCGACAGGAGUGUCACCAGAGUGCCCCAGUUGUCUUUUGUCUUCCUUCCUUCCUUCCUUCCUUCCUUCCUUCCUUCCUUCCUUCCUUUUUAAUGGGCUUCUGUCUUUCUUUUUUGCUGUUUCUUUCUGUCUUUUUCUUUCUUUCUUUCCUUCUUUCUUUCUUUCCUUCUUUCUUUCUUUCUUUCUACACUGAAACUUUUCUUUCUUUCAUAUUUUUCACAACUUUCUUUUUUUUUUCUCAUGCGCUUUUUCUUCUUCCACUUGUUUAUUCUCUUUCAUUUUCUCUUUCGUUCUGUUUUUCUCUUCUUUCCUUUUAUCGUAAUAGCUUUCUUUGA